AUGGCGGAAUUCGUGCGUGCCACGAUUUUCGGCACCACCUUUGAAAUCACCAGCCGGUACACGGAGCUGCAACCGGUGGGAAUGGGUGCCUUUGGUCUUGUCUGUGCCGCAAGAGAUCAAUUGACCGGAGCGCCCGUCGCCGUCAAGAAGAUUAUGAAGCCGUUCAGCACGCCCGUCCUGUCCAAGAGAACAUAUCGCGAACUGAAGCUCUUGAAACAUUUGCGCCAUGAAAACAUUAUUUGCCUGAGCGACAUUUUCAUUUCCCCGCUCGAGGAUAUUUACUUUGUCACCGAACUCCUGGGCACCGACCUCCACAGACUCUUAACUUCCCGACCAUUAGAGAAGCAAUUCAUCCAAUAUUUCCUCUACCAGAUCUUGCGGGGUCUGAAAUAUGUCCACUCGGCCGGUGUCGUGCAUCGUGAUCUCAAACCGAGCAAUAUCCUGAUCAACGAAAACUGCGACCUGAAGAUUUGCGAUUUUGGUUUGGCCCGGAUUCAAGACCCGCAGAUGACCGGCUACGUGUCGACGAGAUACUAUCGCGCCCCUGAGAUUAUGCUUACAUGGCAAAAGUAUGAUGUGGAGGUCGACAUCUGGAGUGCAGGGUGUAUCUUUGCUGAGAUGCUUGACGGGAAGCCCCUGUUCCCCGGCAAGGACCAUGUCAAUCAAUUCUCUAUCAUCACCGAAUUACUGGGUACGCCACCAGACGAUGUGAUCGAGACCAUCUGCAGUGAAAAUACAUUGCGAUUUGUCAAGUCGCUCCCGAAGCGGGAACGGCAACCAUUGACCAACAGGUUCAAGAAUGCGGAUCCUGAAGCGGUGGACCUUUUGGAACGAAUGCUGGUCUUUGACCCCAAGAAGCGAAUCCGCGCCGGUGAGGCUCUGGCGCACGAGUACCUUGCGCCCUACCACGAUCCCACCGACGAGCCCGAGGCACAAGAGAAAUUUGACUGGUCGUUCAACGAUGCGGAUCUACCGGUGGACACCUGGAAGAUCAUGAUGUACUCUGAGAUCCUUGACUUCCACAACAUCGACCAAAGUGAGGAUGCCGGGCAAGUCCUUGUGGAAGGCGUCGGGGAUAGCCAGCAGGCAUUCGCCGCCUAA